UUUGUCUCGGUAGUUUCAACGGUUUGCUUGGUCCUAUUAAGGCAUUCGCAAUGGAAACAUUCCGUGAUGAAUAUCAAGGUUUAGCACUCUCAGCUGUUAGUACAGCAUGGGGCAUUGGACUCAUCAUUGGCCCUGCUUUGGGAGGUUUCCUUGCUCAGCCUGCAAAGCAAUAUCCAAGCUUAUUCUCAGAGGAAUCAGUUUUUGGGAAAUUUCCCUACUUUUUGCCGUGCUUAGCCAUAUCUUGUUUUGCAUUUUUGGUGACCAUAAUUUCAUUACGGAUUCCGGUACGCUCUUUACUUUUCAUGCUCCAUGAAAUCCCUAGUUACUGUGUGUUAGCUUAA